GGGCACGUGGGCACCGGUCAGUCCUUGCCCCGCGGCCGUCCGGUCGAUCCGUGGACAUGGCUGCCGAGUGACGUUUAGUGGCCGAUUUAAAUAGGACUCUUGGACUACGACGCCAUGACGGAAGAUAUCCCUGACACGGGCGCGGUGUUCACGUUCGGCAAGUCGCACUUCGCGGACAACGAGCCGAGCCACUUCUUCAUCAAGAACGAUCCCAUCGUCGCCAUCUCGUGCGGCGACGAGCACAGCGCGGUCAUAUGUCAAAAUGGGCGAGUAUUCGUGUUCGGAGCAAACGCGUGGGGCCAGCUGGGCUUGGGCCACAAGGACGAGGUGACGCGGCCCAGCUGUGUCAAGUGGCUCAAACCGCACCGUGCCCUGUUCGUCGCCUGCGGACGCGCUCACACGGUCUUCGUCACAGAUACCAACGCAAUAUACUCUGUGGGCUGCAACGACGAAGGUCAACUGGGCACAGGAGACAUGGAACACCAGAGUAUACCACAGUUCGUGGAACUGGACGUCGACCAGUCUAUCAAGCAGGUCUCUGCGGGAAGCAAUCACACGGCUCUGUUAACUGAUGACGGUCGUGUUUUCGUUUGCGGCUCGAACUCGGAGGGGCAGCUGGGUCUGGGCGACACGGCGCGCUCUUGCGUCCGCUUCACGGAGCUCAAGUUCGUCGAGAAGAUCGCCUUCGUCGAGUGCGGGUACUAUCACACCGUGUUUAUCACUGCGCAAGGAGCAGUAUUCGUCACAGGAGACAACGAAUACCAAAAACUAGGCAUUCCCGAUAUGACAACCAUCUACGUCCCACAAGUGCUACCUCUAGAUAUACAAAUCAAAAGCGCGUGUUGCGGAGCCAACCAUACCUUCCUGUUAUCUAUGGACGAAGCUAAGAUCCUAGCUUUUGGCUCCAACGAAAAGGGACAGCUAGGGAUGCCGAAAGAUGUGGAAAAUGUUACGAAACCAACUGAAAUCAAUAUGGAGAAACUGUUUGACGGGUACCAGUUGAAGUUGGUUGCUUGUGGGGCGAUGCACACUGCUUUUGUUACAGACAAUGGCCUACUUUACACAUGCGGCGAAUCACGCCACGACAAACUAUGCUUAGAAGCAAUCGACGCCGAUAAUUCAAACGAGCCCAAUCAAUACAUACCAAAGCGGGUCACCGCUAUGAACGGGUUCAUUGUCGACAACGUCGCUUGCGGCGGCUGCCACACUCUACUCACAGCCACUAAGGGCUCCAACGCCGACUUUACUAACAACGACUUCAGUAUUGUAACCGAAGAAAGAAAGACUUCCAUACCAGAAUUACCGCCUCUACAAAAAAUACCAGCUAUGCCGAAAACUGACAACGUUCUUGAAGAUAUAACGAAUUCAAAUAUAAACAGACAUAGUAGUGCUGACAUAAUAAACGGAAACGUUGAAGAAAUUGCCUCGAUAACCUCUUUAGAGGGAAACGUAAGCGGAUCUCACAUAGUCAACAUAAAUGAUUUGGAAAUAGAUAACGUAAGUAAAGGAAGCUUGAAUGAAAUACCGAAUAUAGUUAAAGAUGAAGUGAAUACAUUGGGCGAAAAUGUUGACAAUACUAUAAAAAGUGCAGGAGAAAAUAUGGACAGUGCGAUAGGGAGUGUAGAACAAAAUAUGGGUAAAUUUAUAGGAAGUGCAGAAACUAGUAUGGGAGAAUUUAUGGACAAUGCAAACAAAAAAUUGGACAAAGUUCUAGAUAAUACAGAAACAACACUUCUGAAAGGAAAAAAUGAUAUCGAAAAUAUUGUUGAACAGGGUAAAGACAAAAUUGAAAACAUUACUAAACAGAGUAAAGAGGAAAUCGAAAAUGUAACUAAGAGUGUAACGGAAACAAUCCAUACAAAAACAGAAGCUGUUGAAGAUAUAUUCAAAAAGACAAUAGUUGAUAAAGCUCCCGGUUUACAUUGCGAUGAAAGGAGAGUUCUAGAAGUUCCCGAUAAAUUAUCUGAAACGGCCAACUCUCCGCCUCCAAAAACACCAAUAAUUCAAGAUUUGUUAGACAUUCCUGAUAUAUCACAAAUGAGUCCAAAUUUAAGUAGGAAAAGUGACGAUGGCCAGAAAAGUGAAACUGGACAAUCUGAAAAUGAGACCAUACCCUGCGGAUCUGACAAAUCUAGUCCUCCGGACAAACUCGCUAAAACUCAAGCAGUGAUGCCAAUAGUGCGUAGUGAAGACCACAUCGAUGCUCACGAUGCUAACUGCGAGGACACUACGGACGUAGUUGUCAACAAGGCGGACGAGCGAGGCCGCUUCUCGCGCAUCUUCCAAUCCAUCAAAGAUAAGGAGAACUCUUGCAUGGGCAAAGGCAAAGUCAUUGAAGAGAAAGUCCAAGAAAACGUCCACAAAGGAAUCGACACCACCGAAGAGACAGUUCACAGAGUGGAGGAACGAGUGGAGACAGAGAUCAGAAACCAGACUAGCUCCAGAACAUGCACUAUUUUAUAAGUAAACUAGUUAAUCUAUGUACAGAAGCUACACUUAAGGCAACAUUUAAAAAUUCAUAUUACAAAGAUACGUUUAGACUAUAUAUAACAUUUCAAUUCAAGUUAUACAACAUUAUACAACAAAUGUUUAUAACAAGUUUAAACAAUGAGGACGUGUUAUACAACAAAAUACUUUUUAUGUUAUUAUGUUUAAUAAUCUGGACCCACUCUAAUAAUAUGUGUGUAUUACAUAACAAUAAUGGUAAGAACACAUUGGCAUGACAUGCUGUCAGGUGAAAUAUUGCAAACGUGUCUGCGAUUAAUCAAUUCAAGACGUCAUUUUUUAAUAAUUAGAGUAACAUUAAAAAAAACCGCGAAACAAGCGUUACACCUGACAGAAGUGAAGCUUCUUAUACGUACAAUUUAUAAAAUCUUGUCCUGUUUCACUCAUAAUAUAUACGCGCUGCCCAGCCAAUGAGAAGCCUUUCAUCCCCAUAUUCGCUGGUCCGUUUUACUUUUUGCGAAUCAGGCUUCAUCCCAAACGUCCGUUAAGAAACUUCGCUUCAUAAACACCGAAUUCUGGUUUAAAGUCCUUUUGUGUAUCUUCUAUUAGUAUUAAAUACAGACCUAGUCAGUGUUUUGUCUUCUUAAAUGUUUAAUGAAUUAGGUAAAUAAAGUUUUUAUUCUUACUAUUAAUGGAAUAUUUUAUUAAGGUGCGUCCAAGCUAGUAAUCAUAUAACAUGUUAUUAAUACUUAAAUUACAGUUUUUGCUAUUAAUAUUUUUAAAGACACAUGGUACAUACAUUGUUAAACAAUAUAGACGUAGGAAUUAUGUUACAAAAGUUAUAUAACUUAAUACAUGAUCUGGACUGUUUGGACGCACCUAAACCUAUUCUAAUAGUACAAAAGUCACAAAACUUAAAAAAGAUAUGUGGUUUACAAAGAAUACUUUAAAGUUACUACGUACUAAAGAGUGGAGAAAGGUGGCGUAGUGGGUUUCUGUAUCUUAUCACAAUGAUCUCUAAAAAUAACAUAAUAUAUUAUGAAAUAUUAUUUUACUUGUGACAAUUUCAAGAAAAAAAAGGAACUAUCUGUUACGGGCAAUGUGAUGAAUCGGGAAGUGUGAUUAGACAAACGCUAAUUGAGUCCUAAUUAUUCUUAACAUAAUUGAAGGAAAGACGACCUAAAUGACGUGUAAAAUGUCCAUUUGCUACGGAAGUGUUUCUGGAAGUGAAAAAACACCACAGAAUCAAUGAGUGUUCACAUUAAUCACAUUGCCCAUCAUAAAAAUUAUGCCCGUACAAUAUCAAACUAAAAAAUAUCUUCUAAAUCUUGGGAUAACUUAAUUUACCAACUCAAAAUAAUUAUAUCUAUUAACCUAUACAUACAUGUGAUGAUAUAGUUAUCUAAAAUUUGAAAUUAUCUUAAUUUUAUUUAUAAUAUAAGCUACAUAUUGAUUAUACUUUAAAUAUGGGCAGUACUUACAAUUAAAGAAUAUCCAAGGACCCAAUAAGCAUUCGCUUUUAUCACAUUGCCCAAGUUAAACAUUUCGUUCCUACAUAUCUAACUAAAAUAAUAUGUAUCUUCUAAAUAUUUGGGACAGUUUAAUUUGCAAAAUCACUAUUUUCUCUAUAAUAAAUAAGUGAUAAUAUUCCUAAAUAAGUGAUCAAAUUAUCGGUUAUCAUUAAAUUGAAAUAAUUUAUAUUAAAAGCUUUUUGAAAUAAUUUAAAUACCUACUAAAAGUUACAAAGUGAAUGUACUUUUGAGAUGGACAAUACAAACCACUAACGACCACAAUAUAGAACCCAAUGAGCUUUGGAAUUAAUCAUAUUACCUAAAUUAAAACAUUUCGUCCGUAAUCUCUAACGAAUAAUAUCUUCUAAAUUAGCAUAGUUUAAUUUUCCAAGUCUCAAUUAUGAGAUCUGCCUAUCAUAUAGGUGAUGAAAAAAGCUCCAGUUAUCACAGAAAUAAUUUCAUUAAUAAU